AUGUACGGCACAGGCUGGUGUCCGCCCUCUGCAAGCUCUACGACGCGCCACUCCGUAGAGACACCUGUCCUGCGCAUCAAGCUUAUCACCUUGUCUCCCGGAAGCACAGAGACAGGCUUCAAAUGUAAUCCGUACAUCUACGCCCAACAGAAACCAGAACCGUUCAUCUGCUUGCCUUACGCUUUCCCCAAUAUACAGCCCGGUACAGAUGACUACUUUGUUGCUAUCUACAUGUCUGUCGUGCCCACCUCGUUUCCCGACAUGGACCCGACGGCGUUCCAUACAUGCUGCGAAGUCCAGUUCGAACAGCGCGUAAUUGCGAGCUGGUCGGAGCGUGAGCUCGCUAUUGCCAAGUAA